AUGCCUGACGUCGGAGAGUAUGAACACUCCAGUGCUGUCUCCGGCAAAGGGCCCCCCGUGAGCAAUGUAAAGCAGCCUGGACCAAGUCGCGCAUCCGCCCGAUAUGGCUCUCAUGAUGUCAAGAAGAAGAGCGGUCUCUCAGCGCUGCGAGAGGCAUCCAAACGGCCACUACCUACCCAGAACGGUGAUGGGACCUAUCCCAAGGAGCUGAUUCGGCCGACAAUGGUCCAAAACCUUCGGGCGCUGCAGGCAGCAGACGUGAAAACCCUUGUGCAGAUCAUCAAAUCCAAGAUCAAGAGGGAGAAGAUCCAGGAUGACAAGACCAUGAUCAUGGAGCGCACCAUCCAGAUCGUGGCCAAACUCCCCCAUCACUCUCAACUUCGCGAGCAACUGACGAACACUUUCAUCAAAGAGCUUUGGGACUCUCUUGAACACCCACCCAUGCUGUACAUGGGCGAUGAGUACAAGUAUCGGCGCGCAGAUGGAUCCUACAACAACCCAAUGUUCCCUCAGCUUGGUGCCGCCGGCGGUGCAUAUGCGAGAUCAGUUAAGCCUCGGAUUGUCACGCUGGGUGCAAUGCCUGACCCUGGCUUGAUAUUUGAUGCCGUCAUGGGCCGUACGGAUUACAAGAAGCAUCCAAAUAACGUAUCGAGCAUCCUGUGGUAUUGGGCAACCAUCAUUAUCCAUGAUCUGUUCUGGACCGACUACAGGGACAGCAACAAGUCCAAGACGUCGGCUUACCUCGAUCUCUCCCCGCUGUAUGGCAGUAACCAGGAGAUGCAGGAUUCCAUCAGGACCUUUCGGGAUGGCAAGCUCAAGGCGGACAGCUUUGCCGACAAGCGGCUUAUCGGAAUGCCGCCGGGUGUCUGCGUCAUCCUAAUCAUGUUCAACCGAUUCCACAACCAUGUCGCAGAGCACCUCGCCGUCAUCAACGAAGGCAAUAGGUUCGCGCCACCAGGCAAAGGCCUGGAAGAAGAAGACGCCGCAAAGGCCUGGAAGAAGUACGAUGAAGACCUGUUCCAGACAGCACGACUCGUGACUUCUGGCCUGUACAUCAACAUCACAUUGGUCGACUACGUCCGCAACAUUGUAAACCUGAACCGCACCAACACGACAUGGACGCUCGACCCCCGCCAAGAGGCUGGCAUCGACGCCGGUACUCCUGACGGAGCGGAAGCGGGAACCGGAAAUGUCAACUCAGCCGAGUUUAACCUCUGUUACAGAUGGCAUUCCUGCAUCUCGGAUAAGGACGACAAAUGGAUCCAGAAAUUCUAUGGAAAGCUUCUGGGUGGCGGUGGCAAGGGGGAGCUGUCUCCGCAAGAGCUGGCUUGCAUCUUUGGGAAAUUCGAGAAGUCGAUUCCCGACGACCCUGGCCAGCGUACCUUUGCCGAAUACCAACGAGGGGAGGACGGCAAAUUCGACGAUGACGAUCUGGUCGACUGCAUCAGCUCAGCCAUCGAAGAUUGCGCUGGCGCAUUCGGAGCUCGCAACGUCCCACAGGUCAUGAGGCCGGUCGAGAUCAUGGGCAUUCUGCACGGCCGCAAGUGGAACGUCGCAGGUCUAAACGAAUUCAGAAAGCAUUUUGGUCUGAAGCCCUACGACCGGUUCGAGGACAUCAACUCGGAUCCGGCCGUGUCUGAGCAGCUUAAGAACUUGUAUCAGCACCCUGACUACGUCGAGCUCUAUCCGGGUCUCGUCGCCGAGGAGGCCAAGACGCCCAUGACGCCCGGCGUUGGUAUCGCUCCGACAUAUACCAUCUCACGCGUCGUGCUUUCGGACGCAGUUUGUCUUGUCCGGGGUGACAGAUACUACACGACGGAUUACAGCCCUCGCCACCUGACUCAAUGGGGUUACAAGGAGGUCGAAUACGACCUGAAUGUCAAUCAUGGCUGCGUCUUUUACAAGCUGUUCCUGAGAGCCUUUCCCAACCACUUCAAAGCGAAUUCCGUCUACGCUCACUACCCCAUGGUCAUCCCUCCCGAGAACCAUCAAAUUCUGACGGACCUGGGUCGCGUCGACCAGUUUGACUUCUCCAAGCCCAAGUUCACCCCUCUGCGAACGAACAUUGUGUCAUACGGAGGUGCCAAGCACAUCUUGGAGAACCAGAACAAAUACAAGGUGACAUGGGGUGAAGGUCUCUCGUUUCUGAUGGGUGAGGGCGGCAGCCGUUUCAUGCUUUCCGGAGAUACGGACUUUCACGCGGGCCAAAAGAAAUGCAUGCAGUCCUUGCUUUACAAGGACGGCUGGGACUCUCACGUCAAGCAAUUUUAUGCUCUGAUCACGGAGCAGUUGCUCACGGAAAAGUCGUACAAUCUCGCCGGUCAGACGCACGUCGACAUCAUUCGUGAUGUCGGCAACAUUGCCCACGUUCACUUCGCUUCGAGGGUGUUCAACUUGCCUCUCAAGACCGCCAAGAACCCCAAGGGUGUCUUCUCGGAGCAGGAGAUGUACGAAAUCCUGGCGGCCAUCUUCAUAUGCAUCUUUUUCGACAUCGAUCCCGUUAAGUCGUUCCCGCUCCGACAGCAGGCCAAAGAGGUGGCGAUGAAGCUUGGGAAGGCGAUCGAGACAAAUGUCAAAAUCACUACCAAGGUGGGCUUCCGCGGACUCUUCACUGGCACGGCGGACAAGGAAGACCCGCUUGCUUCGUACGGGACCAACAUGGUAAAGGGCCUUGCUAAAGCCGGUCUGAGCGCCUAUGAUAUUGCGUGGAGCCAGAUUUUGCCCACGUCGGGGGCCAUGGUGCCCAACCAAGCACAAGUGUUUGCCCAGGCUGUCGACUAUUAUCUCUCGUCCCCAGGUAGCGACUACCUUCAACAGAUUCACAAGGUGGCCAUGUCUCCGUCGACGAAAGAGAAUGAUGCUCUCCUUCUCGGAUACGCCAUGGAGGGCAUCCGGCUUGCAGGAACCUUCGGCUCAUACCGCGAGGCAACGCAAGACGACGUCAUCGUCGAGGACGAUGGCCGCGAGGUCCCAUUAAGACGAGAUGAUAGGGUCUUUGUCAGUUUCGUUUCUGCCGCUAUAGACCCCGAGCACUUCCCUCUGCCGGAAGAGGUCAAUCCCCGCAGACCCCUUGACUCGUACAUCCACUACGGUCUCGGCCCGCACGCCUGUCUCGGUCGUGCCGCAAGCCAAGUAGCGCUCACCGAGAUGUUCAGGGCACUUUUCCGGAAGAAGAACGUGCGACGGGUUCCGGGACCUCAAGGCAUCUUGAAGAAGGUGCCUAGGCCCGGUGGUUUCUUCGUGUACAUGAAGGAGGAUUGGGGUCAACUCUGGCCGUUCCCCGUGUCCAUGAAGGUGAUGUGGGAUGAGGACUAG